AUGUUCUCCAAAGGUAGCGAGGAAGGGUUCGAGGCUUGGGUGGAAAGUAAAGAUAAGAGGGAACGACUCAUUGAACAUCAAGUAUGCUAUCAUCUCUCAUCGGCAGAUCAAUCGCCUAGGACCGAAUGUUUCCUCGAAACUAUCGAUCAGCCAUACAUCAUAUGCAUCAAGAAGCUUCCCAAUCUAGCAUAUAAGGGAGAUUGGAAGUGCGACAUAUGGGUCGACGGGUCAUCUUUGAAGUUCUCACCUUUGCUCACGACCAGCGACCAAGAAGAUGUUACCCUGACACAAAGCGAUAUCAAGCGUCUGGGAACCAUCAUCAUCCAGUUGACACCUGGUACAUGGAAGUUGGUCGGAGCUGGUCCGCCUCAGGAUAUAAAGAUCAAUCCAAAAGUAGGAGAUGAAAAGGCAAAGAAUCUCAGUCUUACCGAUUCUCGACCGGUUCAUUACACGACGAGCAAUCUCUACAGAUUUCUUCCGACGCAACCUGAGAAGAUAUCUUAUCAGUUCACUUUCAAAUAUCGAUCAAGAGUGAAAUUGAAACUCAUGAGAGUGAUUGAAGAGGCUGAGGACGAGGACCAGGAGGAUCAACAAGACGAAGAUAUCGAAAAACAAAAAGAGCGCACAUCCACCCCUAUCGAAUCCAGCAUAUCUGCUACGAAGAAAAUGAUCCCAGAAUCUAGGUUUGCGAAUGCUAUCGAUCUUUCGAAUUCUCCGCCCAGGAAGAUCAAGAAGAGAAAAAUGAAGGAAAUUCUGCUUGACGAGGCCAUGAAGCUGGGUGGAGAGAAUGAUGAAAAGCGCAUGACAUCGGAGACUGAAGUGAAACCAGAGUCGGGUAAUACUAGCAAGAGUAUGAAACUCUUAGGCGAAGAGAAUCAAGCAUUGCGACAAGUAAUCACACAGCUCAAGAUGGGUCAAAAGAUCGAAGAGGACGCUGUAGAUCUCACUCUUGACCAGUAUGAUAGUGAUUAA